AUGACGGCAAGCAGUAGAGGAAGCAGAGCUGCUGCUUCAAUUCUUCGCUCAACACGACGUUCCCAUCCCCUCAUCUGCUCCGACUGCAUCUCACACAUCCGCGCGCGAGCAUCUCCGACAUGCCUAUCAGUUUCUCAAAGACCCUACGCGGUCGCAGCAACAGCUGUCAAAACCGCAGACUCAGCACCCAACUCCUCACUCCAACACCUUUCAAAACUCAAGCCCAUAUCCGCUACAGCACCAGAAUAUAUCCCCAAAGCCGGCAUCCUACUCUCACGCGCACCACUCCUGACAGCUCCGCAGUCAUCGUUCGAGAAGGCCUUUUACUUCUACCAGAAACGGCUGAACGAGCGUCUGGCUAUGCCGUACGCGAAGUACUUCUACUUCAAGAAAGACACGCCUGCGGAUACAGAUCGCAAGAUCAAAGAGCGAGAGAGGAACUGGGCUGCUGCGCGGGAAUUGGGCGGGUACAGAGCAUUUGGCGAGGAGGCAUGGAACGAUGAGCUGUUGUCUGUGGAGACGGACGCGGCUGGGGAUGCGGCCAAGGCGUUUGGCAAGAUGGGCAUCGCGGAGCCGAAGUACAUCCUCGAGACGCUGGUGAAGGACGCGAAGAUCUGGGCUGUGGAGGGGAAGGAUGGGGCGGCGAUGGAGGUUAAGGAGGGGGAGGAGGUGGAGUGGGAGGCGAAGGUUGAGAAGCCGUUGAGUAGGGUGACGGAGAGUGAUAGGAAGAGGGAUGAGAAGAAGCUGGAUAGACAGUUGACCAGGACGCUGUACUUGCUUGUUAAGCCUGAGAAAGGGUCUUGGAGGUUUCCGCAGGGUGUGUUGGAGGGGAAGGAGAAUCUGCAUCAGGCGGCAGAACGUAUCCUCGUCCAAACAGCAGGCGUCAACAUGAACACCUGGAUCAUCGGUCACGUCCCCAUCGGCCACCACGUCGUGCCCCCAACAUACACCAAAACCACGCCCGAAAAGAACACCACCCCACAACUCGUCCGCCCCGGCGCAAAGACCUUUUUCAUGAAGGGUCGUAUCAUGGCCGGACAGGCUGAACUAGUAGAGAAUGCAUUUGGCUUGACUGACUUCAAAUGGCUGACGAAAGAGGAGGUGAAGAAGCAUGUUUCGACUAGAUAUUGGAGCUAUGUGCAGAAUAUGCUGGCUGAUAGGUAG